UGUCACGCCCACAUUCUCUCCGACGUCCGACGAGAGGAACAUUGAAUUUAAUGAUUUUGUCUUAAAAUAAUUGCUAAUUUUUAUAACGAAAUAUCCGACUUUAAGUGAAAGCCAACAGAGAACUAGUCAGAAUUCCGAUUCUCCACUCUUUUAAUUUUUUUUAUUGCACUGGUUUGGAAUCGCGAGAGAAAAGUGAGUGAAAAUGGCCUUCAGUGUGCUGCGGCGAGUCGCAACUUUUCGGCCCGUGGGAAGUUUUGUUAGGAACAGAUUCAUUGCGGUCAACGAGGACCUGAACUUGCCAGCUUUUGGGAAAACUCUCGAGGAAGAAAUGAAAGAGAGGAACUACGUAGACCCAACCCUUUACUACAAAGUUGACAUUGGACUGCCUAGAGAACCUUUUCGAAAGAGGAAAGAUGUGACAUCAGAAAGAUUAGCUCAGCAGAAAACACUCAGGGCUGACAAGAAUUUUGAAAAAUUGUCACGCUAUGGGGAAUUGGAAGUUCCUGUUGAAGAAGUGCAAAAAGAAUGGCUGAAGGGCAAGGGGCCUCAGCACAUAAAGGAAAUCGCAGAGCACUACGGCGUGUUUCAACAUUUGUUUGGAGAUGCGUACUUCUUUCCCAGGGUGUCUUUGGAUGUGGCUUAUCAUCAGGGAGAUGACAUAUAUGCACCCGUUUUUUACGGAAACCAGCUGAAGCCCAAAGAGGUUAUCCAAGAGCCAGUUGUUCUGUACGAGAGUGACCCAGAGACAUUUUGGACCCUUGUGCUGACUAACCCUGAUGGCCACUUAACGAAAGAUGAAAGCGAAUAUGUUCACUGGAUGAUUGGCAACAUUCCUGGAUCUGAUGUUUCAAAGGGCGAAGUCAUCUUCGACUAUCUGCAACCUUUCCCUAUGAAAGGCAUUGGAUUUCAAAGAAUGGUCUUUGUUCUUUACAAGCAAGAAAAUAAGCUAGAUUACUCUAAACUGAAGAAAGAAAAUUCUGGUGUGAAUCUGGAAGAUCGGACAUUUAGUACAUACAAUUUCUACCGUGAAAGACAGAACCUAAUCACUCCAGCUGGCCUUGCAUUUUUCCAGUCUGACUGGGAUGUCAGUGUUACCGAAUUCUUCCACACAAAAUUAGGUACCAAGGAACCUAUUUACGAGUAUGAUUUUGCUCCACCGUAUUACUCCGAGCAAACAUAUUUUCCAGUGAAAGAGCCUUUCAAUAUAUAUCUGGACAAGUACCGAGACCCAAAGGACAUCAACAGGGACUAUCUGCUGCAGAGACUGGAGAAUGAAAAUCCUUUCAGCAGACCAAAGCCGAAGUUGAGAUUCCCUAAUGCUGAGCCUCUGCCCAGAAGCAUGCCAUCUUGGUUGCAGGACAAAGUCAAAAGAGAUCGACUAGGCUGGGGCAGAAUCAACGAAGUGGAAGAGUACGAUGGCCCACCAACAGAUUCGCUACAUUCUAGGUUUCCCUGGACAAAUUAGUUAAUAAAAAAUAAAAUACCAAAAAUGGAACUGUUUAAAUUCAAAAUUUU